AAGGAAUAAGCGUAGGUCUGCAGAAAGUUAGCCUGAAAAAUCUCAUUCCAAAUCAAGAAAAUUGUUUGAUUGUCGGUAUCAUCAUAGGAAAGAAAAGGCCUCGUAAAUUUGUCGACACGAAAGCGCCAGUUGAAGUUUUUAGAGGGGUUUGGAAUUUCACAUUUCGAGACUCGCCUCAAGAUUAUAUUAAUGUUACUUAUUGGGGAUCCAGCGAAGUUGUAUUUCAAGCUAAUGAUAAGUUUCACACAGGUGAUGUUGUUGAAAUUAUUAAUCCCAGUGUCAACGUGAGGAAAUUUAAUGAUUAUGGAGAACAGUUCCUUCCUAUGGUAACGUCUCCCUUCAGUUUGUCACUGCAUGACAGAUCUUCCCUGAUUCUUCAUGGGGGGAAUCCUCUCUACUAUAAUGGUUUGCUUAGCUACCCUACUAAACCAAUCGUUGGAUUUUUAUCACUUCGAGAUAUUCACAAUAGAGGUGCAUCUAUAAAAGAUCACAUAGACAUCCUAGUAGCUGUGAGAGGUUUGGGACAAGUUCGAACUGUUACCUCGAAAUCUAACGAAAUGAUGCAAGUUCGUACAGUGGAAGUAUUCGAUCAUACAAGUCCAAAUUUAAAAAUCGAAAUAUGGGAACCUGAUAUAAUUCAGAGGUCUGAAAAAUGGCGUCCUCGAUUAACAGCUUUAUUCAUUACUGACCUCAAAGUUCAGUGGUCAGAUUUCCAGAGACAGUUCAUAGCGAAAGUUACCAAUCGUACAAUUAUAACAGAAAAUCCUCAGGGAAAUGAAGUACAACUGCUACUUAAUUAUGCACAGACUGCUCCGAUAGAAACUUUCGAGAUUGUAGAUCAGAUGAUCAACACUUUACCAGAUCCUGCCACCAUCCAAGAUGUUAUGAGCGUCAAACAAAUCCAAGACAAAAUAAAUAUUCACAUUCAAGAAAAUAGACUCGUAAAUAAACAAUUUACAGCACUUUUGUUUGCUUUUGUUACCACAUUGGACUUGGAUGGACUUUCCAAAACUUUAGUGAUAAAAUGUGGACAUUGUAAACUCCAAAUGAAAGGAUCGAACUGUGAGAAUUCUGAAUGUCCUACGGUAUAUGAAAAGGAGAUGGCAGAUCCUGAAUUCAAUUUUGAUAUUCAAAUUACUUUAACCGAUCAUACUGGAACUUUGACUAAUUGCAAAUUUAGAGGACAUGUUGUAGAACAAGCUUUGAAUUGUACAGCUCGUGAUUUCUCAAAUAUGUCUGAUGAUGAUAAGUGUACACUGAAAUGGAAAUACUUGAUGGAACGAUGUGCUGUUUCCAUUGCUGUUUUAUUCGUCGGAAGACAGAAUCCAAUAAUUUCAGUGGUACAAGUUCGUUUAGCAGAUUCCUUAGAAGUGAGUAGGAGACUUCCAAUUUAUUGAGACAUGGUUAAACUAAAACUAUAUAUUGUCCAUACUAUACUUGAGUUAUCAAUGAAAGUUGUUCAUUCAGUUUUCUCACUUGAUAGUUAUUAUAU